UUCCUGUUACCGGCUUAUUUACAAUGCGCUCAAAGAAAAAACCCCUAAACCCUUGUUAGCGUUUUUCUUUCUAACACUCAAAAUCUCGAUCCAUUUCGUGUCAAAUCCCAAUCCCUCGAUUCGUUCGUGUUGCAGCAAUGAGACACCAAUGGCGUCUUCUCCACCACCUUCUCCGUUUUCGCGACCGCAUUCUCAAUCACUCUCAGGUACUUCCCUCUUCCUCUUCAAUCCCUUGUCGUUUUACCGCCAAUUCCACGUUCCAGUUAAACCCUAGUUUCCGUCAUUUUUCUUCCGAACCCGUUCUAGCACAAGCCGACACUGACAACCUCCUCGUCGUCGACAUUUUCUCCAAACCUGCGGAUUCCGAGGACUUCAAAACCCUCCUCGAUUCGAAUCGCGUUAUGAUUACCCACGACGCGGUCCUCGCAGUUCUGUGGAAGCUAGAUUCCAACGUCGAGGCGGCGCGGAGGUUCUUCCUUUGGGUUUCGGAGAACCACCCCGAGAGGUUGAGCUCCAAGUGCUACAACUCGAUGCUGCGCGUUUUGGGGACCAAUGGUGUUGUUCACGAGUUUUGGGACUUGGUUGAUGUGAUGAAGAAAAAAGGGUAUGGUGUUUCUAAAGGUGUGAAGGAGAUAGUGUUGGAGUCUUUUGAGAAGGGUGGAAUGGUUGCUGAUGUGGCGAAGUUGAAGGGUUUGUAUGAUAACUUGAAUGAGAAGAAUAUUGCUAUAGUGUGUAGGAUUGUGAGGAACAAUGUGUGGGAUGAUGAUGUUGAGAGGCAGAUUAAGGACUUGAAUGUAGGGUUCUCCGGUGAUGUCGUUAAGAUGGUUUUGGAGAGUUUGGCUUCGGAGCCAGCGAAGGCAUUGAUAUUUUUCCGGUGGUUGGAGGAGAGUGGGAUGUUUAAGCAAGAUGGGGCAACUUACAAUGCGAUGGCGAGAGUGUUGGGGAGGGAGGAUUCAAUCGACCGGUUUUGGAAGCUUGUUGGUGACAUGAGGAAUGCCGGGUUUGAGAUGGAGUUUGAGACCUUUGUUAAGGUUUUAGGACGGUUUUGUAAGAGGAGAAUGGUGAAGGAUGCUGUUGAGCUUUACGAGUUUGCUAUGACUGGUGUGAAUAAGCCUACGGUGCAGUGCUGUGUCUUUCUGUUGAGGAAGGUUGCUGCUGGGAAAGAGUUGGAUAUGGAUUUGUUUUUGAGGGUUUUAAAGGUUUUUACCGGAAGUGGGAAUUUGUUGACCGAUUCUAUGGCUGAUGCUGUGCUGAAGACUUUGACAAGUGUUGGUAGGACUGGAGAGUGGAACAAGGUUUUGAAAGAAAUGGAAGAUUGUGGGUUUGUUGCAGGUGGUAAUUUACAGAGUAAAAUUGCCUAUAGACUUGGUGCUGCAGGUAACAAGGAACAAGCUCACGAGUUCAUGAAUAGAAUUGAGGCAUCUAGGUCUAGUCCAGACCGCAAGACAUGGGAUUCUUUAAUUGAGGGGCACUGUGUAGCUGGGAACCUUGAUAAAGCUUUUGAAUCUUUUAAAGAGAUUGUUGAGAAAGAGGGGGUUGCUUCUGCAGGAUAUUCUUUUGAUGUGUUAAUGAAUUCAUAUUGCCAAAUGAAUAGGGCAGUAGAUGCAAGCAAGAUUCUAUGCCGACUAGUGAAUGAGAAAAAGUUAAAGCCCUGGCAUUCUACUUACAAGCUGCUGGUAACUAAGUUAUUGGUUCAAGGAGGAUUCACAGAUGCAUUGAAUAUUUUGGGAUUAAUGAGAACCCAUGGAUUUCCACCUUUUACCGAUCCAUUUAUUGAACACUUGUCAAAGAGUGGAAGUGGCAAUGCUGCUGCACUGUUUCUCAAGGCAAUGACAUCAAAGAGGUUUCCAUCUACAUCCAUGUUUCUCUGCAUGUUUGAAGCCUUUUUCAAGAACGGAAGGCAUGAAGAAGCACAAAAUUUCCUCUCUAAGUGUCCACGCUACAUCCGCAAUCAUGCUGAUGUCUUGAAUCUCUUUUGUUCCAUGAAUUCCAAAGAAGCUGCUUCUUCUGGUAUGUUGGCUGCUUAAGUUUUCAGAAUAUAUCUGAUGUUGUACUCUUCAGAAGUAUCUGCAAUUGCAUUUGUUUGGAAAUUUUGCAUCAUUAUUGAUUGAAGGACACCAAAUGAAUGCUUUGGUUGGUUCUUUGACAUUGGUAGACUUUGUAGUUCGAUGCAUCCUGGUUUACACGGUCUUAAUUAAUGUACAUUGUAGAUUAAAGUGAUGCUAUAUAAGCAACAUUUUACACACAAAAAACUUGCAAUUCUCCUCAUGAGAUUUACUUCCAGAUUUGUUCAGUGUUAUCUCACAUUUUUUUGCACAAAUGCUCAUGCAGCUCUUCUGUAUUGCAAACGUGUUUCCUUCAAUGUUGCUUGAACAACAUUAUUAGUAGAUUAACACAACCUUUAAUAUACCAUGAAGACUUCAUUUGUUAUUGGACUGAACCCUUUUCAUAUAGGAUAGUCGGAUACUGAUAUGUUUCUAGUCAGGAUCACGGUAAUGCAACAAGAUCAAGAGUUGUUGCUAA